CGAGGGUUGAUUGGCUGCAGUAUUUGGAGCAAAGCUGCUGGACUUCUAAAAGUGACUGUGUGCUGAAAGAAACAGGUGGAGAUGUCCAAGAGGUAGCUGGAUAAAUUUACUGGUGUGCUGUUAUAUAGCUAAGCGGGAUAUUGAAAACGUGGUGUUGCUGUUAGCAGCAGGAGAUUAGGGGAUGGUGCUGAGGCUUCAAUCCGUUCUGGUCCUCUCCCUGUCAGGAGUGUUGGCUUUCCUAGGCCUGUGGUGGUACACCUCUCGGAAGAAAGAACAACCCACUGACAAGGAUAAGACUACCACAGACCAGGCGCACCUGUCCUCCUCCACCAGAGACCGAGGUAUUGGUGUUGUGGAGAACGGCCACUCCACUGGGACAGAUCGGGACAGGCACGCAGUGAGGAAGAGGUCGUUAGUGGAACAGGAGCGUGUUGAUUGUACAAACACACAAGCGGUAGCAGAGCUGGUUAACAUCCCACUCUGCCAAUCACAACCGGAGGAAAGGUUUGUGGCUGCAGAGUGUCUGAGUAGAGUCCUCGAUAAUACUAAUGUGAAGCCCGUUACGGAGAGAACUGAGUCUUCAGCUCAAGUACUCCCAGAGACUGCACCUAAGAGCCAAGCCCAGGGGGGGUUCCCCCAGCCAUCCUCUGAUGAACAAGUUUCUUCUAGCUUUGACCUAGGCUAUAAUCCUAACCCUGGUGAGAGUGCAGGCCUAAAGCCACAUGCACCGCCACUCUCUGAGACGCUGGAGGACACUACAAACAGAACUUUCAACAAAGAGGAUGCAGAGGAGGUUCGACUAGACCCAGGGGAGGUUAGACUAGACCCAGGGGAGGUUAGACUGGACCCAGGGGAGGUUAGACUGGACCCAGAGGGAGAGGUUGGAGAAGACAAGAUUACAUUUUGUUUUGCAGAGAUAAAGCCUCAAACCGAUCUGGCUGAGAACUGCCUCCUCUCCAAAGACAACCUAUCUAUCCUGCCUGCUGUGGAAGAACCAACCUGUGAGUCAAGUCUACAGGAUGACACCUGUCUGGCUUCCCCCAUCAACCUCCUUACCAAUCAGGUGUCCCCCUCAAGGCAGCCAUUGGGCUUUCUGAUAUCACCUCAGAAGAAAGACCAGUCUGAGGAGUGUGAACUUAGCAGGAGUAACACAGAGGAAAUUAACCAGCUGGCGUCAAGUCUGAUUACUGACGUGGUCUCAGUAGCAGUGAGUCAAGUCCUGAAAGAAAGGACCCUACUAGAACAUAAUGUUGGGCCUCUCUGUAACAGGGACCCCUUCACAUCCCAAGAUAUCAUCUCAAUGGUUAACAGUGAGACUGGGAGAGAGAUGCCUGGUCUAUUGCAGGAGGAUCAGUGUUCAACAACUGGCAGGGAGAACAUAUGUUCAUCUCCUAUAGUCUAUGAGGAUGUGAAACAUGACUGCAGCAGUAGGACAGAGCAGGCAGAGCUUGCAGAAGAAGAUUCUGCAGUAGGUGAUUCUGGCUCCACCUCAGGUCAUUCCGAGGAGAGCUCCAGUGGCGAGGACUCGAGCCCCAGUGUGAGCCUGCAACCACCCAGGGGACCUGCUGAAGGACUGGGGGCCACCAGCAUGGCCCUCCCUAACGGUCACAGGACAGAGGUGGCUGUUGCAGGCUCUGGUGUGACCAGCAUGGACUCUGUAGACCGUUACGUUGAACACGAAGCCAGGGACAACCAGCAUAUCAACAGUCCAAGUCCGCUAAGUCAACUGCUGAACAGCGAUCAGCAAAUUGAAAAAUACAUCCAGAGUUACAACAGCAGCCAGCCACCGACUGUUUGGGACAUAGAGGUGCCAAAGCAUCUUGUUGGGAGAUUGAUUGGGAAGCAGGGGCGAUAUGUGAGCUACCUGAAGGAGACAUCCGGAGCAAACAUCUUCAUCGCCACCCUGCCUUACACCCAGGAGUUCCAGAUCUGCCAUAUAGAGGGGUCAAAGGAGCAGGUGGAUUGUGCUCUGGAGCUGAUCAGAAAGAAGUUCAAAGAUCUAGAUGUGACCAGCUGUUAUGUCCAUCCUCCAGUGGCCAGACUGCCCUCUCUCCCCAUCACAUCCUGGCUGCUGCUUCCCCAUAGGGUGACAGUUGAGGUAACCAUGAUCCAAGUAGCCUCUGGGAACUAUGUGUUCCUCCAGCAGCACACACACCCAACCUUCUAUGCUCUCCGCAUGCUGGACCAACAGAUGAGCUUGUGUUAUUCUCACCCAGGGUGCCCUCCCCUUCCGGCCCCAGUGGAAGUGGGAGUGAUCUGUGCUGCCCAGAUGCCUGAGGGAGCCUGGUGGAGAGCGCAGGUGAUGGGUUACUAUGACGAAACCAAGGAGGUGGAGCUCUGCUAUGUGGACUACGGAGGCUAUGUCCUGGUGAAGAUCGACACCCUCCGCCAGAUCAGAUCAGACUUUGUUGCCUUGCCUUUCCAAGGAUCUGAGGCGAUCCUGGAACAUAUUGCACCCCUUCCAGGAGAAGAAGGGUUCUCUGUUGCAGCCAAAUCUGCACUGGAGGAAAUGACACUAGGAUUGCCACUACUUGCACAGGUCACAAGCUGUCACACCAGUGGCAUUCCCUUGGUACAGAUAUGGAAAACUGAAGGAGAAGAGUUGGUGUCUGUGAACCGUGCUCUGGUGGAUAACGGACUGUGUAGCUGGGUAGACUGCCUCUGACUGUGAAGACAAAUCCUGGCCCUGUUUGGAUUAGUUUUCAAAUGUAUCCUCCCUUUUUAAGCACAGCUCUAUAAGGGAUUGGAUAUGUGUGAGUAAGGUUACCAGCCCUAUUACCCUCGCCAAACUACCAAAUAUAGAUCUGUGAUUACUUCAAGGAAAGUAGGAAGACAAAUUGGAUCUCUGAAGUAUUCAAACAUGGCCCCUGUCUUGCCUUUCAUCGUUCCAUCCCAUCAGUCCCAUCCUCUGGAUUGUUGCCCUGUUGGGGCACAACAAUGUCUUCCUUCUCAACUCGACUGUUCAUGCUUGUUGUUUCUUUAUCACCAUGUACACUUUCUGAUGUAUUUAUUUGGUGAAGUUUUAUUUACAGCCCCCCCACCCUUAUAUAAAUGUUUGUUAAUUAUGCUUACAUGAUUUUUGACCCAUAUUAUUCACCAUUCAUCUAAUUACUGUUUUGUUUUCAAUUGAUACAAUCCUAUUAAGAAACAAUAAAGAUGAACUGUCCUUUCUGAGGUGUCCACUUUGACCAUAGCCAGACUUAUGUUGUACAGUAUAAUGGAGCUACAGUCUGUAAUGGACUUCAUCACAUCUCAUUAAAUGAAUGCGUGUUGUGUA